AUGAGAAUACUUUCAUGGAAUAUUCAAGGGGGUAAAAAGCUCCAAGCUAUUGGAGAUAUAUCUCACUAUAUUAAUUCGUUCAAGCCUGAUAUCUUAUUUGUCCUUGAGACUAUGACUUCUAAUUUCACAAGUAGAAAUGUAAUUAAAGGUUUUCGUUUUCAAAAGCAUAUAAUUAUUGAUCCGAUUAAUCAUAGUGGAGGACUAUGGGUUUGUUGGAACAACGACUCGAUCCUGGUCCAAAACUACACUCUAGUAGAUAGAUGUGCUCACCUUAACGUCCUUUAUAAACCAACCAAUGAGCAAAUUCUUGUCUCUGGGGCUUAUUUCCCGGCACAAAACAACGAUAAAGACCAAUUCUGGGAGUUGAUAUCUAGCUUCUACGAUAACAUUCAUAUUCCCUGGAUCCUCGUCGGUGACUUUAACGAACUUUUACAUCCUUUGGAUAAAUGUGGAGGCAACCCAGUCACUCAAAGACAAUGCCAGAGACUUCCAAGGUUUCUAACUCGUUCAAAUGCGACAGACAUAGCGUGCAUACAACAAUCGUACUCCUGGAAAUCCCAAUCCCACCCAGGCUUGUAUCAACGACUAGAUCGGGCCGUCGCAAGCAACAAUUUCACUGAUAAAUUCCCCAACGCAUCAGUUAAAUAUGGUACCUUUACUAGCUCAGAUCAUGCCCCAAUGUUCUUUGAUACAAACUCAGAGACCAUUAUGGUGAAUAGAUUGUUUAGAUUCCAAAAUUCUUGGACUCUCGAGGAUGAACCAGCUAAAAUUGUUAAAGAGCAUUGGAACUUCAAUACUCAAGGUUCAAGAUUCUUUAGAAUAAGAUCCAAACUAACCAACAUAAAAGGCGACCUAAAAAAUUGGGCCAAAGGAAAAUUCUCACACAAGACCAUGCAACUUAAAACUAAUGCAGAUAAAAUACAAGAACUCGAAGAUAAGCUUAUAACCCAACCGUUCAACCCUAUCUGGCAAAACCACCUUUUAAGAAUGCUCAAACAACGAGAAAGGAUCCUCUUACAAAAACAGCACUUGUGGAAAAAUUCUGCAAAAAAAACUUGGCUGAAUCAAGGAGACAGAAACACGAGAUUUUUCCACCAACUCAUGAAACAUAGAGCCGCGAAAAACCACAUCUAUCGACUAAAGAAUGCUGACAACCAUUGGGAGGAGGGUCAAGUGAACGUUCAAAACAUCCUCUUUAACUCCUUUCAAGAUAGAUUCAAAACAUCCGUUCAGCCUGGGCGUAUAAUUAACCUAGAUUUUCUCCCACAAUUAAUUUCUGAUUCCGAUAGGCUUAGUCUCAUCGCCCCCUUCUCAGACGAGGAAAUUAAAAAUAGCUUCUUUACUAUGAAACCGCUCAAGGCACCAGGAUCAGAUGGAUUUGGGCCAAAGUUUUUUCAAACCUACUGGAAAACAAUCGGCCCUGAAGUUACAUUAGCAACAAAGAGCUUUUUCUCACACGGAAAAAUUCCGCCUUUCCUGAAUCACACUCUUAUAGCUCUUAUCCCCAAAAAUGAUAACCCAGAGAACCCCAACCAUUUCAGACCAAUCAGCCUCUGCGGCACGAUCUAUAAAGCUAUCUCUAAACUCCUAGUCUCUAGACUAAGUCCUAUUCUUCAAAAACACAUAAGCCCCUUCCAAAACGCCUUCACCCCUGGCAGGUCCAUUCAUGAUAAUUUGCUUUUAGUCCAGGAGAUUCUCAAUGUUUUUAAGAAAUCAAAAUCCAAAGUUGGAUGGUGUGCUCUUAAACUGGACAUGGAAAAAGCCUAUGACAGAAUAGAAUGGGAUAUCCUUUGGGUAACUCUUGACAAAAUGGGCUUUCCGACAACCUGGAUAAACUGGGUGAAAGCAACUGUGACUACAGUAUCGUACUCUAUCAAAGUCAACAACUCAACCACGGAUAUUUUUACCCCGUCUAGAGGCCAACUAGUGAAUUUCCAUAAAUCAGCUAUUAUCUUCUCAAAGAAUAUCAACCACCCCAAGAGAGAUGCCUUGGCCAGCAUUUUUAAUAUGAAUAAAUCUGGGUCUCUAGGUCGAUAUUUGGGUGCUCACUUCUCAAAUUUCACACCUACAAGAUCUGACUAUCUACGCAUCAUGCAAAAAAAUGAACGCUGUAUAAACUCCUGGCAAGCUAACUUUCUAUCCAAAGCGGGUAAAACAACGCUUAUUCAAAGCAACCUUGAAGCCCUCCCGUCCUACAUUUGCUCUUCCUUCCUACUUCCAAGGAAGACGUGCCACCAAUUGGAUAAUGUCCAUCGGCAAUUUUUUUGGAACCAAUCCAAGUCAGGUAAUGCACUCCCUCUCAUUGCCUGGAAUAAAGUCUGUCAGCCUAAGGAUCAAGGAGGGCUAGGUUUAAGAAGAACCUACCCUCUGAAUAGAGCUUUCAUCGCAAAGCUAGGCUGGAAAAUCCUAACAGACGAAAAUAACCUUUGGGCAAAAAUCAUGAGGAAAAAAUAUCUUCAGAACACAAAUUUUUUCUCUGCUAAGAGAAAAAUUAAAGACUCUCCUAUUUGGAUCAGCAUUUUAAACCAGCGGGAGAUUUUGCGGAAAGGAAUUAGAUGGAAGAUAGGCAAUGGGAAUCACAUCAAUUUCUGGAAAGAUAACUGGGUUGGUCAAUAUGCCCUUUCUGAUCUCCCAUGCAACUCUCCAAAUAGUAGUAGGGGAGACGUCUACGUAAACUCGUUCAUUGAUGAAUCCAAAAAUUGGGAUAUAAGGAAACUUUCUUCGUUCCUCACACCUGAGUUGGUGCAAAAAAUUAAAGGGAUCCCUAUCCCUGUUAAUGAAGUGCCUGACAACCCUAUUUGGGGAUGCACAAACUCAGGAGAGUUCUCAGUUAAAUCCGCUACCUGGCUUGCCCACGAACUCCCAGUUUCUGAUAAAAAAUGGGAGUUUAGAUGGAUUUGGAAACUCAAUAUAGCACCAAAACUAAAGAUCUUUUUAUGGCAAAUUUGCCACAAAAGUAUUCCAACUAAAGAAACUCUUUUUCAUAGGAAAAUUAUUCCCUCAAGUUGUUGCCCUAGAUGUAACCAUGCUAGUGAGAAUAUUAAUCAUCUCUUUCUCAAUUGUGAACACACAAAAAAUGUCUGGAUGCAUAGACUAACUAAAAAUUGGUUCGAUUUCUCCUUCCCUAUGACGGAUUUCUUCAAAACUUUAGACUACCUUAGACGGAACCAAGUUGCGCUCAGGAAGUUCAUUACUGUUUGCUGGACUAUUUGGAAGGAAAGGAAUGCCUUAGUGUUCUCCAACAAUAAGCUUUCUCCUUGCCGCUGUUUUUUUAAAGCUCUUAACACCUUCAAAGAAUGGGAGCUUAGACUCCAGAUUGACUCACAACAACUUAGAGGUAACCAUUUCAACACUCAUCAUCCUUCCACUUCUCUUCCAACCACCCCACAACCCAUUCUUGUGCGGUGGUUCCCGCCCCCACUGGGCGCUUUCAAACUCAACUUCGACGGAUCACGCAAAGACUCAUCAGCAACAGGAGGUAUCAUCAUCAGAAACAACAAUGGAGAUACGGUCAUCACCAAAUCUUUUAACCUAGUGGGAGAAUAUGAGAGAGGAGAUGAGCUGUCGUGGUGGUAUCCAGAUGACGAUAAGACUAUUCGAAGCAAGUAUAGUCCGACAACUUGUGCUUAUACAUUUGUGGAAGAUAUUUGUCAUCGGUAUCCAAGGGUUACUGAAGUGAAUCUUUGUGGUAAUCUAGAAAAAAAUCUUGAGGCAUUGACCUUGGGUAGAGGACAACUUGGGAAAAUAUUUUUCCUUGCUCUUUCUGACUAUCCCUUGCUGAAGAAGUUGGUUGUAUCUGAUGUCACUCUUGGGAAUGUUGUACAAGAAAUAUCCAUCAAUCAUGAAAGAUUGGAACAUCUUCAAGUUACAAAAUGUCGUGUACUCUGUGUGUAUGUGCCCCAGCUUCGUAUUUUAUCUUUGAAGCGUAGUAACAUGGCACAUGUGGUGCUUAACUGCCCUACUUUGAAUAAUCUGGAUAGUGGCUCAUGCCACAAGCUUUCCGAUGCAGCGAUUCGUUCUGCUGUCACAUCAUGCUCCUGUUGGAGACUCUUGACAUGUCUUGAUGUUCAUGUGUUAGUGACGAAAUGCUUCGUGAAAUAUCUCAAGCUUGUGCGAAUCUUUUAUGUGAAGAUGUCGUUGCUAACUGUUUUGAAGCUUGAGAGGUGCGAGGCCGCAUAA